GUAGAUACAUAAAGGCCCAAAAUUAGUCUUCUGGUGUCGCUUUCGGUUUUAAAGUGAAAUUAGCAGUCAAGUCCUUCAUCAUGAUGCAGAUCAACCCGGUGGGUCGUUCAACCAAAAUAAUAAACGGGCACUUUGGACAAUAUUACGAUCUUCCUACUAACAGCGGUAUCCGGUUGCCCACUCCAAAAGGCCCGCUGUUUUGUAACCGUCCGGAGAAAAUUGGCAGUAUCAAUUUUCGAUUAAAACCCCUGUUCCUCUCGUUUUUGUCCAAAACUCAACAGUUUUUUGAGCGCUCCACUGUUCGUGUAAUAGAAAGGGAGAAAAUGGAGGUCAAUGGUUGUUUCAAGCGUAAUCUUCUUCUGAUGCUUACUGUAUUUGGAGUAAUGGCGAUAGUGAAAGGUCCAGCAGAAGCCCUAGCCUCUAGUUCUCCUUCUGCUUUUGUCCAAAAUGUCAUCUACUCUAACAAGAUCGCCAUCUUUUCCAAAUCCUAUUGCCCGUACUGCAAGCGUGCCAAAGGCAUCUUCAAUGAACUUCAAGAACAACCAUUUGUGGUGGAGCUUGAUCUUCGAGAUGAUGGCGCUCGUAUUCAAGAUGUCCUUCUAGAUCUGGUGGGUCGCAGCACAGUCCCACAAGUGUUUGUGAAUGGGAAGCACAUUGGUGGUUCAGAUGAUCUACAAAAUGCUGUCAAGAGUGGGCAUUUGCAAAGUCUUCUUAAGAAAGAGUAAAUUACUGAAAGUCAAGAGGUUAAAGCAUCUUUCCUGAAGUUCUGAAGCUGCAAUGCGCUCAUGGAGAGCUAGUUAAGUUUGGUAGGUCCAGGUCUAAGCAAAAAAUUGUGUGCUGAUAUGCUGUUUGUUUCAUUUCUUAUGUUGAAAAUAUGGUAUUUGGACAAAAGACAAGGGAUCUGAACGUAAUUCCAGAGCUUAUGACCUUCACUUGCUAUAGCUUUCAGUGUGCAACGGUAGUAGGUUGUUUACAAAUGAACAAAAGUAAAAUGGAAUGUGAUAACACUGAAGCGUGGAAAUAGAGAAAUUGUCUAGUACUA